UUGUAAUAAGGUAAUUAUUACAGUAUUCGCUCGUUUAUCGACCAUAAUAUCAUCAUGGAGAACGAAGCUGUAGCCGUGGGAAUUCAUUUCGGAACAACAACCAGCUGCACUGCGGUGUAUAAAGACGGGCAAACUCAGGCAAUUCAGAACGAGCAGGGUAAUCGCACCACUCCAUGUGUAAUCUGUUACCAAGAUGGAGAGGUUGCUGUUGGAGAAGCCGCGAUGUACCAACGGAUGUUCUGUCCGCAAAGUACUGUACAUGACUGCAGACGGUUGCUCGCCAAAAGAUUCAGUGAUCCAGAACUUCAUGCCGACGGUGAUCGGUGGAAGUUCGAAAUGAUCGAAAAAAAUGGCAAGGUUCACGCACUCAUACUUGACGGCGACAAAGAGCUCUCAGUUUCACCGGAAGAAAUCGCGGCAGCAAUGUUGCGAAGAUUAAAAGAGACGGUCGAGGCGUAUACUGGCGAGCCGGUCCUAUCUCCUGUUUUAGCGGUGCCCGUUUACUUCACCGAACCCGAACGGGCAGCCAUGAAAAAUGCUGCUGUUAUUGCCGGAAUAAAUUCGGUAGCAAUAGUCGACGAUUCAAUUGCCGCUGCCAUCUAUCACGGGAGAGGUAGUAAAUAUGACAACGCAGAAAAUCUCUUGGUUUUACACCUCGGUGGGAAGACUUGUGUUAUUACGGUCCUGAAAGUUGAGUCCGAUGUAAAGUUUUCAACUGUGCAACGAAGGGAUUUACAUCUAGGCGGCGCAACAUUUGACGCGACCCUUGUAGAAUUUUUGACGAAAGAGUACCAGGAGCAAACUGGAAACCAUCCGAACGAAGAAGCGCAGAUGCAAUUACGGAAAGCGGCGGAAAAAGCAAAGAAUGCGUUGAGUUUCGGCAAAUCAACCAAAAUUUUUGUGCCAAAUUUCAUGGACAAGGAGCCAUACUCUCGAAUUCUUAAUAGAGAAGAAUAUGAGAGCAUUUGUGAACCGUUGACGCAAGCGAUUGAACAGCAUAUUAAAGACGUAAUGCGGGAUGCUGAGGUAUCGGCGGAGGAGAUUGAAAGCGUUAUUUUAGUUGGUGGAGCAAGCCGCAUACCGAAAAUCAGAGCCAUCAUAGAAGAGAUUUUCAAUGGGAAACGAAUCUUGCAAGAUACAUAUCCGGACCAGUCAGUCGCAUGUGGAGCGGCAAUUUAUGCCGCAAGCCAGCUAAAAAAACGUGAGAUGCCGUCACCGCACAAUACAAAUGAUCCUGUGUCUGAGCUGCGGCUAUUCGAUCUUAGAAGCCGACUGGUCGACUGGAGUUUACCGCUUUAUCAAGAUCCCAGCAUUUCGAAAGGCAUUUUGCAGACCCCUUCAAAAAUGGAAGUCGUAAAACCAGUCUCCACCAACCAAGGAAAGGCAUUUACACAAAAGAAAGCGAUCGCAUUAACGCUGGGUGCCACUUGCUACCGUGUUGGUUGCUUGGAUAACGGCAUAUGUAUUCAACUGCACAAUGCAACCGGAGAAAAUGAAACGCCAGCUUACUAUGCAAAUACUGGAGAAGAAUGUUUGUACGGUAACGAUGCUCGAAACUAUGCUGGUAUGGAUGUGGAAGGCGUUACUGCCGGAGUAAUGGAGAAAUUCUACGACACUCCGCCUUUUGCCGUAGAGACACCGCAAGAGGUUCUACGCGAUACAAUAAGGAUGCUGCUGCAGGACACAGUACUGGAACGACAACAUAGAAGUAGUGGCCGCAGUGGUCGCAGUGGCAGACGGUUAUCUGCAAAAUAACCAAGCUGCUGUCGAAGAAGUUGUUCGAGCGGCUGUAGAAGGACAAUCGUCGGUGCCGCCACCUGUAUGGUGUUGUCCAAAAUCAACAGCAGCCUUGCUCGGGUAUGCAUUAGGGCGGGAAGCAUGUGAGGAUGGUGUCUAUGUUGUUGUGGUAUCCGGGUCAUACCUUACCGAGGUUGCGGUAUUCGAAAUUCGAAGCGAGUGCGUUCGAGUGUUGGAAGAGACAAAAACCAGUAGAUUCGGUGGACGGGACUUUGAUGAUGCGUUGGUGGAAUAUUGCUGUCAAGAGUUUCAACGGGAAACCGGCAUCGAUAUUCGAGAGAAGUGGAGUGCCAUGCACCGACUGCGCGUAGAGUGUGAGACGGCGAAACGGAAACUGUCAACAGCGCAGAUGGCGGUUAUUCAAUUGGUUGUCGAGGAACGACAACUGAAAGUUCAGGUGAAGCGAGAAGAUUUGGAUCGAAUGAUGACUGUUCCUGUGCAUGUAUUUACGGUCUGGUUGCGUUCUCGGAUAAGCCUGUAUCGUGAUAAAAUCACAGCGGUAGGCAUUGCUGGCGGCGCCUCAAAAAUUCCUGCUCUGUACUCUGCCAUUCAGUCAGUUUUCGAUCCACGGAAUAUCAAGCCGGCAUUUAAAGCUGUGCAGCUGUUAUGGGUGCCAGCGGGUUAACUGCAGCGUUGUCGGACAAGACUUUGUUCCACCAAAUAAUUAAACAGGCACCUUAUAACUUGACUGCUGUCCGAAAAGCAAUGUUCGCUGCAAAGCCCAUUACUGACUGCGAGGAAAUAUUAACUCUGUUAUCAGUUACCGUUCGGAAAAACGGUACUGGUAUUUCGCAAUGGAUGGAUACAACUUUUAAUCACGAUGGAAACUUGUUCACUGGCAACACGGCGAAGAAAUCAUCAAAAGCGAUAGUAUCGUCCGAAAAAUCACCAAAAACCGAGGCCAAGGUGUUUGACCUCAAAACAAAAAGACCAGCUCCCAAAUUGCCGGUUAGACAAUCUACGAACACCGCCACAACUGAUAGUUUGCCGAAAGCGUCUUUCCCAUCCGACGCUGACAACUAUUCGGCAAUAGUUGUCGAAAGCAUCGUGUGAAAAAAGCGGGAGGUGGAAAUAUUACGCUAUCCAGCGAUGAUUAGAGUUUCUAUUCCGCAGUCAAGAAGCGAUCAGCUUGUAUUUUCAGUGCGGCCGGCAGAUGGGCAAAUUUCUCCCAUUGAGCUGCUUUACGAACUGUUUGGGCUUCUAACUACGACGGUAGUAGAUAAAAGCGUACUGAAAUUCCGCAUGAAGUCGGACCCGCGAGGAACUGUAGUAGUCAGUAAGAAAACCCAUUUCCAGGUUUCGUUUCUUUUUAAAUCAGAGCGGGAAUGCGAAGAAGUGAAUCAUCUUAUUAAGGUUGCCAAUUCUCGAAAGGGAACUGGUUGUGUAUUGCAGUAAUAAAAAGUGC